GUUUUUUGCAAACAGGGUCACAUUCCCCCCGUUAUGUUCCACGUUUUAGGCGGUUCGAAGGAUUUGUUGUUUGUGUAGCCUCGUUCACGUACAAGUAAAGAUGGCGAUUCUUCGCAGAUGACAAAAAUAUUUGAUACCUGCUGCAAAUUUACAGAAAGACGUCAAGAAAUUAAUAUAUUGAGGACUUUAAAUAUGUCUUUUUUCUUUUAUUUUGAGUUCACAGUCUUAAUAAUUGUUCUAAGUCUUAGUUGGGUAAGCGGAAAUUGCGUGGAAAGGGGGAGGAAUUGCUCUGCCUGUCUGAGUGAUGGCAUGUGUGGCUUUUGCGAUUCGUGCGGAGAUCACUGCCACAGACCAGGGACACUACAUUGGCUAGAUAACUGUACUGGAUGUGCAAGCUGUAUGCCUGGUACUUUAGCCGGACCACAGAAAGGAUUUGAGUGUCGGAGAGAGUGGUAUUACUAUGAAAAAUGUCCUGAAGAAGUUAGUGAGCACAAAACAGUUUAUGUUGGUAUUGCCCUCUACUUGAUGAAUUUGCACUCAGUUGAUCUGAAAUCUGGCACAUUUCAUGCUGACUUUUACUUAUAUUUCAAAGUCCCACCUGGACAGACAAUGUAUACAAAGCAGAAAUGCAAAGGAGGUCUAAAUGGUGUUUGCUUUGAGCUGGUAAAUGCUGCUGGUGUAGCAGAGGUUACAAGCCAUGAAGGAAAGUAUUUCAGGGUGAAAUCAAAGUUCAAUUUUGCAGCUGAUCUUGCAGAUUACCCGUUUGACAACCAGACUCUGAAAAUCGAAAUUCAGGACAUGGAAAUGACAGCCAAGGAGCUGAGGUGGAAAAUCCUUAAAGGCUCAACAGAAGACGACAGACCUUUCAAGUUUCAUAGUGGUAUUUCCCCAUCCCUAAAAUACACCGGAUGGGUUUUCGACACUUACUCGUGGUCACAAAUCAUUUACGAAAGGUACAACCCCUUUCUAGACCAGGGUGUAUCUAGAUAUGCCUUUAUGAUCCACAUGAACCGUCCAAAACGUGCUGGAUUUUUCAAAAUUUUUCUACCGCCAAUAUUCGCAGUCUUAGUGAUUUGCUUUGCAUUUGCCAUUCCUCCUAAAGAUGCUACAAUGAGAGUGUGGAUUGACGGGAAUUUACUCAUUUCAUGCGUUAUGUUUCAUUCGACGAUGUCAGAGCAGACUCCAGACAUUCAGGAAUUGACGUUAGCUGAUAAAUUUAUGGUUGGUGUUUAUAGCUUCAUAUUUGUCUCCUUCAUGGUAAGCAUAGUUCUGCUGAAGCUGCAAAGGGAAAAACUGUACACUGUGGCAGAAAUUUUCUACUUGUAUGCUGAAGGUGUGGUUUGGUGCACAGCUCCUACUUACUUCAUCCUACUCUACUACAUGAGCAUGGCGAUCACAACUGUCCUGCUCAUAGUUGCUGGGGUUGCUGUCGCAGUUACAUCACUUCUAUACAUAUACCGGGCAAUUAGAUGCCAGUGCGUUCCCUCUGGACACAAAUUCAAAGAAAUAGCCACAAUGACGACCCAGGAAAUAUCUUCUAUUAAAAAGAAAAGACUUGGUUACCAGCCAUUAAAACAAGAGCCUGACGAACCUAUGGACGUGAAGAGCAAUUUAGUGCAUCGGCAGUUGUUGAAACCUUGCUUUCCUGGAGCGCCAAAAACAGCGGAUGAAGAUCCUUGUUCGAAGCAAAUCAGCCUUCCAGAUAAACAUGCUUAGUUCUGAAGCUUAAUAGUGAAGACUUUAUGUUAUGACAUUCAGAAGAAAUAAAUUUAGAUUGAAGUUAAUUUACAUUUUAUAGAUAAGACUUAGAGAAGUUAGAUUUGUGAUGUUUAGGAAUAUUAUCAAAUUGAAUUAGGAUUUGAAGCAAUUUUUACUCACCAAAUGGUUUAUUUUCGACAGUUAUUUCUACAACAGUUGAAUGGCAUUUAAUCAUGUUGAUUUCUAAAGCAUGAACGAAUAACCCUUAUUUUUAAGAAAACCGACUCUUAAUCGAGAACCAACAACAAACUAUCUACAGAAUUAAAGCUCUUUUUGCGGUUGUCUGGUGUAUGUGACAUUGGUUAUAAGUUAAAAGCUUCUUCUGUCCCUGAUUCAACCCAGGAUUUGACAAAAGAUUUUCAAGUAUCCUUCUAUGGAAAAUCACUCUUUGAAAAUGGAUUUUCCCCUCAUUUGAAAAAAGCUCUUUUAUGCCCAACAAUAUAUUUAGCCCAAAUUCGGGUUGAAAAGAUUUCCUGAAUAACAUACAACAUAGUAUCAGUGUCACGUGAUCUAUGCUGGUAUUCCCGGCUGCCCCCUUAAUAAUGGUAAUCCCAGAGGGUCACUUUAAAUUUUUAUAUGCGGGUUAGUCCGUCCGAUAUUUAUUGGUAAGAAUUUCUCUGUGAUACCUUUCUUAUACUUAUGGGUCCAACUAAGAAAUAAAACUAUAAAAAACAGGAAUAAAGAACAGAUGCGUUUAAACUAAUUAUUAUAGAAAACAGUCUAAAUUUCUAUGAUUUGUGGUAUAUUAUUUGCUCAACAACAAGAUUUUUUAUUUAGAUAUUUUUGGGUCUUAUCAACGCUUCUGAGCUAUUAAUUUUGGGUCAGUAAAAUUUGUUUUCGAUACUUUAGGUGAAUUUUGAUAAUUGCGGAUGGCCCUCCCCGUAAA